AUGGAUAUUGACAGUGGUAAUUUUGGAUAUGCAAUGGAGCCUGCAGAGCCCACGGCUUCAACUAUUUUAUGUUGUGAAUGUGGCGUUCCCACUCAACCUAAUGCGGCUGCAAUGUGUAUGGAUUGUAUUAAAUUGACAACGGAUAUCACAACCGGAAUCACUCGUGAGGGUACUAUCAAUCACUGCCGUGAAUGUGAACGUUACAUGCAACCUCCAAAUCAUUGGAUUUUGGCACCUAACGAAUCUCGUGAACUGAUGGCAAUCUGUUUGAAAAAGCUUCGUGGUUUAAACCAAGUCCGUUUGAAUGAUGCCAAUUUUAUUUGGACUGAGCCUCAUUCUAGAAGAAUCAAGCUUAAACUUACAGUACAAAAGGAAGCGUUCACAAAUACCAUUCUACAACAGGCUUUUCAGGUUGAGUUUGUUGUCAACAAUACUCAAUGCCCUGAUUGUGCCCGUACAUACACACCUCAUAUCUGGAAAGCAGUCGUUCAAUGUCGCCAAAAGGUUCUUCAUAAACGUACAUUUUUAUACCUUGAACAAGUUAUCUUGAAGCACCGUGCACACUUGGUUACUGUUAAUAUUAAAGAAACCAAAGAUGGCAUUGAUUUUUACUUCGCUCAAAGAGCCCAUGCAGUCAAGAUGAUUGAAUUUUUAAGUAGUGUUGUACCUAUUCGUUUCAAGACUAGUGAGGAGCUUAUUAGUGAAGACUUCAAGUCUAACACCGCUAAUUAUAAGUUUACCUAUUCUACUGAAAUCGUGCCCAUCUGCAAAGAUGAUCUCGUUUGCUUGCCCAAGCCGGUGGCGAAGGCUCAUGGAAACAUUUCUCAACUUGUCUUAUGCACCAAAGUUGGUCCAUCUCUUCGCUUUAUGGAUCCCUUAACUUUGCAGACUUCCGAUAUGCUCCCCACCUCUUACUGGCGCUCUCCAUUCCCUUCUUUGGCGGACAUUACUGAACUGACGGAGUUUAUCGUAGCCGACGUUGAUUUCCUUGGUCCUACUAAUGGAAAAUAUGCUCUUGCUGAUGUCGAACUCAUCAAGUCGUCUGAUGGAUCAACUCAUAUAGCUCGUACUCACCUUGGCUCCUUACUCAAUGCAGGUGAUACAGUUAUGGGUUAUCAUCUUACUGUCACAAAUUUCAAUAAUGAAGUCUUUGACACAUUAAAAGCAGAAUCUAUUCCCGAAAUUGUGCUAGUUAAGAAAACCUUCCCUCGCAGAAGCAAGAACCGUAACUGGAAGCUUAAGUCGAUUGGUAUGCAGCAAGCCGAAGACCUCAAGAAACAAGAUGUUGAGCGUCAAGAACGUGACUUUGAAUUAUUCUUGCGCAAUUUGGAAGAAGAUCCUGAGCUUCGUCAAGGCGUUAAUCUUUAUAAGGAUAGCAAUAAAAAGAACGCAGCUGCUGAUGCUGAUAUGGAUGAGGAAGACGAAGUCGAAGAGGUUCCUCCCAUUUCCGUUGAUGAACUUUUGGAUGAUGUUGAAGCAAUGCGUGUUAGACAAGCUGUCCUUUUUGGUAAUUAA